AUGCUUUAAGGCUAAGACGAAUGUAAAAAUUAUCAAUAUUUUUAAAGUCCAAGAUUUUACUGCGGAAGAUCAAAACAAUAUCAAGACAUUUGUUUAUCAAAUAGAAAAGAUGAGAUUACUUCUGUAAGUACCUUUAGAAAGAAGAAACUAAAUAAUAUGUUAAGAUAUUGCUUAAAUUGCAGGAGUAACUUAUGAUUUAUGAUUUGAAAAGGAAAUCUAGUUUUUGAAGUAAUACAAAGAUAAGCCAAAUUUCUUAGACUUGUGUAAACACUUAUUUCUUAAGACAUAUAAUAAAAGAGAAUAUAUAUUUUAAUAAGGUGAAACAGGUGAUGCAUUUUAUGUGAUUCUAAGUGGGAGUGUAAAGGUUUUCAUAGAAGAGCCUACAGAAUUUAGAAAUUUUAUGCAAUUAGUAAGGUUUCAAUAUUUAGAUAGAAAGAAAUCGCUAUUUUGCGUAAAGGAGAUGCUUUUGGUGAAAUAUCAUUACUCUAUAAUUCCAAAAGAACAGCUGCAGUUAUGGCAGCAGAAAAGAGUGAUUUAAUUGUCUUGACGAAAGAGACAUUUGAUGAAUAUCUAAAUAAGGAUAAUAAAUAGGAGAUGCAGACAGCCAAUUUAAAUAAAUUAUUGUCAUUCUUAGAAAGAGUGCCGAUCUUUUCUAUGGUUUAGAAAUCCAUGCUAGUGUAAAUCUCCACUAAAUGUACCAUAGAACAUUUUCCUUCUUAAACGAUAUUAAUAAAGUAAGGCACUGAACCACACAGCAUGUAUAUUAUUAAAUAAGGAUGUGUCUAAGUAAUAAGAAAGACAAAGUUCUAAUGUGGCAGCAUAACUUCUAGAGAUGAAAUUACUUAAUAAUAAAAGGAUGUCUUUUAUGAUAUUGAUGAAUUAGGUGAUUACGAUGUAUUUGGAGAUUAUGCAAUAUUAAACGAGAUUGAAUCUGAUGUUUCUUAUAUAACAUCCAUUCCAAGUGAAAUAAUAACAAUAAGUGCAUUUAACAUUAAGAAGAUUUUGACUAUGGAAGUCAUUUAAAUUUAUAAAUAAUAAUUAAAACGAUAUCCUGAUGAUUUCGAUAUUCAAUAUUUACAUGAGGAGAAGAAGAGAUGGAAUUAAUACAGAAGAAAACUAGUUAGAAAUAUUAGUAUAGAAAAACAAAACAAAAAAGGAUUCAAUAAUCGUCUCAGAUUGCCAGAACUUAAAACAAAAGAACUAUCACCUCCAAUCAAUAUUAUGGAUAUCAAGACCAGUGAUAGCAAAAUAUAUUUUAAAUUUUUAGAAGAGAGAGUAAGUCCUGUAGCAGAUAGCAAAAAGAAAAUAACAUAAUUGACUUAGGUUGGAUUUAAUAACUAAAUAAUUAAAGAUCUUGAACUCUCAUAAGCGCAAUAAGCAUUCUAGAGAAAACUUAAAAAAUUAUAAUAUAAAAAAUAUUGA